AUGUCCAGUCAAACGGUACUUAGCCCACACAGCUCUACUAGCUUCAGCGUUGAUGUCAAUGCAGUGCAAGGGGACGUGCUCAUCGGCCUGGCCAAGAAAACAGAGGCUUUCGUAUUUCUUACCAUCAAAGAUGAUGAAGACUCUCGAUUAGCUUUCCGUCAAACGUUGAAAUCCAAGCUCCUGCCUCUGAUCACCACCACUCAACAAGUGCUCGACACUCAACGGAAGAUAGAGGAGAGCAAAUACCAAACCAAGCCUGGCGAGCCUAAAAAGAUCUUACCGAUCACUGGAUUAAACAUAGCAUUCAGUGCUUCCGGGCUAAAGAAAUUAGGAGUCGGCGAAACGGAGAUUCCUGAGGAUGCUAAAGCGUUCAUCGCCUCGCAAAAGUCUGAUGCAGUCACGAAUCUAGGUGACCCCGUUGACCAAACAGGUCAAAAACUAUCAACUUGGUCAAACGAAUUUCUUCAACACUCUAUCGACGCUGUGAUCCUUAUCACUGCUCCUGACCACGGACUGUUAGACCAUAAGAUCCAAGAGGUAAAGCAUUUGAUACAUUGUACUACUUCCCAUACCUUCAUUCGCAUUGGGGUGGUUCGACCUGGUUCUGAAGCCGGGCAUGAGCACUUUGGAUAUUUGGAUGGAAUCUCGAAGCCUAAGAUCGAAGGCUUUAACGCAACUGAAGCCGAUAAAAAAGCUGGAGUUAUAAAGCCAAGCGUCAUCUUAGUGGGCCAAGCCGACACUCAACAGGCCAAACCACUUGAUCCAUCUCAAGGUUGGAUGAAAGAUGGAUCUUUCCUCGUCUUUCGACAACUACAGCAACUAGUUCCAGAGUUCCAUAAGUUUUGUCAAGAUAUUGCUGACAAGAAUCCACAACCUGGUGUGACUGGUGAAUUUAUUGGUGCUAGAAUUGUAGGAAGAUGGAAAUCUGGCGCUCCACUGGUGUUGGCUCCCGUCGAAGACAAGCCAGAAUUAGCCAGAGUAGACGAUUUUGACUUCUCAGAUGAUUUGGUGCAACAAAGAUGUCCCUAUGCUGCCCAUAUCAGAAAAACCAACCCUCGUGACGGCAUAGAAGGUGCAGACCCGAAUACUGCGGUCUUACCUCAUCUUAUCACUCGUAGUGGUAUAACCUAUGGUCCUGAGUUGACUCCAGAAGAAGUCAGAGAGAAUAAGACUAAGCACAAUAGAGGAUUACUAUUUGUCUGCUACCAAAGCAAGGUGGAGGACGGGUUUCAAUUGGUUCAGAAAGUAUGGAGUAACAAUCCAGAUUUUCCUCCGAAGAACCCAGCAAAAGUGACUGCUGGACUCGACCUUCUUAUUGGUCAGAAUGGAAAACCGGGACCACGUGUUGCUCAAAACAUCACGUCGAAUGGUACCGUCGGAGAUACAGAUCCUAACAAUAUUGUCACCGCUGAUGAAUCAUUUGUUCAUCCUUUAGGCGGCGAGUAUUUCUUCUCACCUUCAAUUGAAGCUAUCAAAUCUAAGUUGGGAGCUUAA